AUGCCGGCCGGGGUGCUUUUCCAGGUCUUUGCAAACGGGUUCAAGUGCAAUCACAGCUUCAUAAACUACGAGAUUUUCUUCGGUUUGCCCUCGCUGGAAGCGAAGCGAGGCGGAGGCCCAAAGACUUUGGCGGCCUGUCAAACGGCCUCACCGAGAACCGAGACGCACGGGAGCAUCUUUAUGCUGCUCAACUACAUUUCGGAGGUCCUGCCCUCACCUCCGCUGGCUUGUGGACCCGGCUACACGUUUCACGCAUCGCCUACCACGAUGGCGACGAGUUCUGUGUACGUUGCGGCACAGCAGUGGAGACAACUGAACACCGUUUGUGGCACUGUCCGUGUAAUCAAGAGGCCCGCGCCUGGCUUGACCAACAGGCUCUUGGCAACCAGUUUCCGGAUGGUCUCCCUCCUUGUCUCGCACGUUGUGGUCUUAUCCCUUCUCGAUUACCUGCUGGUCUUUCUCUUCACCAUGCUGUAUGUGUUUCACAAUAUUUGUUAUGGGUCAACGCUAUCGCUAUUCAGGCGUGCGCGGACGCGCGCCACCAUCGACAUGUUCGCUUGGAUUUGGACCGGCCAGUUUCGCAACCUGUCGACUUCAUCUACGCGAGCGCCUUACCUCCGCUACGGCGCAUCAAGCGUGUCAUCACACCAGUUGCGCACGAUAUGGACGACGGCCUUCCGCGAGGGGCCAGCCUGCCACCGCAACUCCCCAGUACGGUUUUCCAGCACCCGGUUAACGUGGUGGUCUCGUGUGACGGCAGUGCAACUCUCAACGGGGACGAGCCUAAGUCUGGGUGGGGCUUCACGGUGGCUCUCCCCUUUUACGACCAGCUGCUGGAUUUCUGUGGUCCUACAAUCCUUGCCCGUGAUGAUGAGGCUUUCGUUGGUGCUACACGGCAUUCCAACAAUGUGGGGGAGAUCACGUCUUUGUACUUUGCCCUCAACUUCAUCAGCGACUUGUUGUCUCCUGACACAGACCAUUGUUUACAACUUAUCCUACAACAUCACAGGGCGGCGCUCGGAAAUUCCAGUGGCCCCCGUAACGGUCUGGACGGGCGUGCCGGCCUAUCCGCUAUCGAUCUUCGUCAUCGUCUUCAAUCCGUACAUCUCUCAUCAUUUGUUGUUGAGUUUGAUUCUCAAUAUGCUGCAGACGUUGUUCGCAGACACGCCCGUGCUCGUCGCAACUUGA